UAAAGCCGUUACGUCAUAUCCAAUGGACGCCGAGUUCAGGUUGAAAAAAUUGAAUAAUAUUGCAAGCUAGCCAGACACUUACUUUAUUCGCGAAGUCAGUGGUCUAUAUUUGUGAAAAAUAUAGAUGUUCUAUCGCUAAUGUCGUUAUGAUAGUUUCUAUUUUAGCGAACAUUUUUAAUUUCAAAUCUUAGGCCGAGGAAUGAAUUAUAUUAAUCAAGGAAGUCACUAGCUGGUUAGCCAAAAGCGUUAGCUAGCAGCAGUAUCUAGCUAGCUCUUUGUUUUGACUGUGAUGGUCUGAUGAUGUUGAAUAGCUUGGACAGCUGAUGGGUCUCGAGCUAAUGUUUAUAUGAACAUGUAUAUUAUGUUUUAAUGGGUUGUUAAAUAGUAUUUAAUGUGUAAUAACAUUACUUCUUCAACGAGGGGAAUAUACAUUUGGUUGUAAACGAACAGUAGCAAGUUUACAAGCUAGAUAAACAACGAGGGACUGAGAAGUGGACAUGGGCAAUUGUCUCAAAUCGCCGACGUCCGACGAUAUAUCUCUGCUUCACGAAUCCCAGUCUGACAGAGCAAGUUAUGGGGAGGCAGACCCAGAUUUGGAGCCACCUCCGCCUUACCAGGAGGAGGCCCACAUGCCGGUGUACCACCCCACCCCCAGCCAGGCCCGCCUGGCCAGCCAGCUGACUGAGGAGGAGCAGGUUCGUAUCGCCCAGCGUAUCGGCCUCAUCCAGCACCUCCCCCGGGGUGUCUACGAUGGAGGACGGGACGGCUCCGAGAAGAAAAUCAGAGAGUGUGUGAUAUGUAUGAUGGACUUUGUGUACGGGGACCCCAUCCGGUUUCUACCCUGUAUGCACAUCUACCACAUGGACUGUAUAGACGACUGGCUGAUGAGGUCCUUCACCUGUCCCUCCUGCAUGGAGCCUGUGGACGCCGCCCUGCUCUCCACUUACGAGACCAACUGACCACUGACCCUAAAUACAACACUACCCCCUUCUGCCGAGCUCUGCCUUGCCACCCCCCCUACAAACACACGCACACAUACACACACACUUCCACCAGCCCCAACAAACACACACAUGCUGCCCCCUUCCCCUCUGCUUUUUACCUUGGGAUAAGGAGCAGCACAGUGUCUUGGUCGGUGAUGACAUACGAGAGAGAGACUAUGGAAACACUAGUGAUUAACAAUGAAAAGACUUGGACCCAUCCACCCAUCACCUGGAACUGGCUCUGAACUGGGACUGGCUCUGAACUGGGACUGGCUCUGAACUGAGACUAGCUCUGAACUGGAACUGGCUCUGAACUGGUAUUGGCUCUGAACUGGUACUGGCUCUGAACUGGGACUGGCUCUGAACUGGGACUGGCUCUGAACUGAGACUGGCUCUGAACUGGAACUGGCUCUGAACUGGAACUGGCUCUGAACUGGGACUGGCUCUGAACUGGAAUGGGCUCUGAACUGGAACUGGCUCUGAACUUGAACUGGAACUGGCUCAGAACUGGAACUGGCUUUGAACUGGAACUGGUUCAGAACUGGAACUGGCUCUGAACUGGAACUGGCUCUGAAUUGGAAGUGGCUCAGAACUGGAACUGGUUCAGAACUGGAACUGGCUUUGAACUGGAACUGGCUCUGAACUGGAACUGGCUCACAACUGGAACUGGCUCAGAACUGGAAUUGGAACUGGCUCAGAACUGGAACUGGCUCAGAACUGGAACUGGAACUUGCUCUGAACUGGAACUGUCUCUGAACUGAACUGUCUCU